CAAUUGCCAAUUGCCAAAUGCACUUUCAACUUUCAAGGACAAAAAAUUAAAGAAAGAAAUAAUGGGGACAGAAAAAGGGAAAAUCGAAACGAAAAGGAAGCGUUCGCAGGUGCCCUUGUCACCGGAUCUCUGCAAAGAACUUCGCCUUUUUUGAUUUUUUCCUUCUCUACGGGCCUGCAUGCCUCGUUCAUGCUCACCUUCCUAUAAUCUCCUUUUCAACUACAACUUUGAAUUUUCAUUCAUAUAUCAAGAUCAUAGAAGAAACCCCGUCUGGAAAAGAUUUGAAAACAACCUCACAUUGUGAUCGUUUUGGCGUGAGAAAUUAUUUGGGUGUUACCCAGGGACUUGAAACCUUGGAUGAUCUUCUUCUCUAUCCUCGUUGAAACAAGUUAUAACACAGGAUUUCUGCACCAUGUCUAUCAGAGUUCUGGAGCCUGCAUUUCAGGGAGUUGGUCAGAAAGUAGGGAUUGAAAUAUGGAAAAUUGAGAACUCACAACCAGUACUUUUACCAAAUUCUGACCAUGGUAGAUUCUCCUCUGGUGAUUCAUACAUUAUCUUGAAGACUGCUGGAAAGGCAGGUGCAUACACUUACAAUAUACAUUUCUGGUUGGGAAAAGAUGCUAAUCAGGAUGAAGCUGGAGCAGCAGCUGUAAAAGCUGUUGAGCUUGAUUCAGUUCUUGGCAAUCGUGCAGUAGAGUAUCGAGAACUUCAAGGUCAUGAAUCUAAUAGGUUUUUGUCAUACUUUAAACCAUGUUUAAUUCCACCUGAGGGAGGUUUUGGAUCUGAAGUCAAAACACCCGAAGAAGAAGAAGAAAAAGAAAAAGAAGAAGAAGAAGAAGAUGGAGAAGAAAAAGAAGAAAAAGAAGAAAAAGAAAAGCCUGAACCACGGUUGUACACAUGUAAAGGAAAACGAGUUGUCAGAUUGAAACAGGUCCCUUUUACGCGCUCCACCCUGAAUCAUGAUGAAAUAUUCAUAUUGGACACUAAAGAUAAAAUCUUUAUGUUCAAUGGGGCCAACACGAAUGUUCAAGAAAGGUUCAAAGCAUUAGAUGUUGUUCAGAAUAUGAAGGAAAGAUAUCAUGAGGGAAACUGCAAUGUUGCAAUUGUUGAUGAGGGAAAGCUACAAUCAGAGGGGCCAUCAGCUGAAUUUUGGGCCCUCUUUGGUGGAUUUGCUCCUAUAGGCGGCAAGAAAGUAUCAAGUGAUGAUGAUAUAAUUCCAGAAAAAACUCCCCCCAAACUUUACUGCAUUGUUAGAGGUCAAUUUCAGGAAAUAGAAGGCGAACUUUCAAAAUCAUCAUUACAUAAUGACAGAUGUUAUCUUUUAUACUGUGGCACCGAUUUAUUCAUUUGGGUUGGUCGAACAACACCAUUGCCAGAUAAAAAAUCUGUCAUGCAUGCUGCUGAGGAGUUUAUUCUCAAAGAAAAUCUGCCAAAGUCAACUCCUGUAACCCGUAUUGGUCAAGGUCAUGAGACAAGUUCAUUUAAAUCCAACUUUGCUUCUUGGUCAGUAGCUUCAGCAGCUUCUGCUCCUGAGGAAACUAGAGGAAAAGUAGCAGCUCUGCUGAAGCAACAAGGUGCUUUUGUCAAAGGUCAGACAAAAACGGCUCCUGUAGAGGAGGAUGUUCCACCUUUGCUUGGAGAAAAUGGAAAAAUUGAGGUAUGGCGUAUUGAUGGUGAAGAAAAGACGGAAUUACCCAAGGAGGAUAUUGGCAAAUUUUACAGUGGAGAUUGCUAUAUUUGUCUUUACUCCUACCAUUCUGAUGAAAAGAAAGAAGAUCACUACCUGUGCUGUUGGAUUGGGAAGGAUAGCAUCCAGGAGGACCAAAAAACGGCUGUUCAACAAACUACUUCAAUGUUCAACUCUAUGAAAUGCAAACCUGUUCAGGGUCGAAUGCAUCAAGGAAAAGAAGCACCACAAUUUGUUGCUAUCUUUCAGCCUAUGGUUGUUCUCAAGGGUGGAUUGAGCUCUGGUUAUAAAAACUACAUUGCAGAGAAAGGACUGCAUGAUGAGACCUACAGUCCAGAUACUGCUGCACUGAUUGAAAUAUCAGGAACUUCAGUUCAUAAUAAUAAAGCUCAACAAGUAGAGAGGGUUGCAACAUCUUUAAAUUCAUAUAGCUGCUUUAUCCUACAAUCCAGCACAACGGUUUCUACCUGGUAUGGAAACCAGAGUACACCAGAACAGCAGCAAUUAGCAGCAAAAGUUGUUGAACUUUUGAAGUCUGGAGUGCCUGUAAAAUUCUCUAGAGAAGGAAAAGAAAGCUUAGCUUUCUGGCUUGCACUUGGUGGAAAACAAAGCUACUCAAGUAGCAAAGUAACACAGGAAAUCAUCCGUGAACCUCACUUGUUUGAAGUAAUAAGCAAUAAAGGAAAGUUAGAGAUUGAAGAAGUUCACAGCUUUGAACAAGAUGACUUGUUUCCAGAGGAUGUCUUGAUAUUAGAUACACAUGCUGAGGUCAUCGUUUGGGUUGGUCAUUUAGCACAGUCAACGGAAAAACAAAACGCUUUUGAAACUGGCGAGAAAUAUGUAGAGCUGGCUGCAUCUAUGGAUUCCUUGUCCCCAUCUGUCAUAUUAUACAGAGUAACAGAGGGAAACGAACCUUGCUUCUUCACAACAUAUUUCUCAUGGGAUCCUGCAAAAACUACUGCUCACGGAAAUGCAUUCCACAAGAAGGCUGUGCAACUCUUCGGCUCAGGCUGUGUAGCAGAGAGCCAAGAUGUUAAGCCCCCGGGAAAUAAACUUAGUGGGGCCACCCAAAGAGCAUCAGCCAUGGCAGCUUUAACCUCUGCUUUUUCAAAAUCAACUACUGCUCCUAAAACUCCUCAACAUGGACCACCUCCAAGAAUGCUAGCUCGUGGGUCCCAGAGAGCGGCGGCAAUAGCCGCCUUAUCCAACGUCCUCACCGCUGAAAAGAAGGGACCACCAUCGGACCACCAUUCCCCUCCUCAUAGGCACAAAAAAUUUUCAUCAUUAGAAUCUGCCUCUGCCCCUGUCUCUUCCUCUACCUCACCUGUUAAUUUUGACCAAGCUCCAUUCAGGAGUGGGAAUGUAACUCCAGUGAGGAGUGAAAAUGUAACUCCAGUGAAGGGUGAAGAAGCCUCUGAUGUUUUUGGCAAUAAUGAGGUUGCAGAUGAGACAUCUGAGCCGAAUGCAGAGACCAAUGAAGAGGAACCUUCAAAUAAAGAAACAACAGAUGAGAAUGAAAAUGGCGGUGAAGACAUUCAAAGUACAUAUAGUUAUGAACGACUCAUAGCAAAAUCAACCAACCCUGUUAUUGGGAUUGAUUACAAGAAGAGAGAGAUGUAUCUCUCCCCGGAAGAAUUUGAGGAAAUAUUUAAGAUGUCAAAAGAGGCAUUCUAUCAGUUACCAAGAUGGAAGCAAGAUCAGUUUUUUUCAGGACUACCCGAUGAGUUCAUUCUUUUGAUUUGCUUGCUAUGUUUCUCAGUUUGAUUUAUGUUUGAGACCCUUUCACAUUGUUUUGUAUAGAUAUAAUGCAUCCUUAUUUGAAUUCUAAUAUUGAGCUUAGAAAGCAUGGUGUUUGAUGUUCUUA